GAAGCAAGCGGCUAGCUCUUGAUUGUGUGAAAGCUUUAUUUUUGCGUUUGCCUUAGGAUUUAAUUCAGCUUAGUGGAAGUCGCUUUACCUCAGGCAGUGAUUUUUGUUUUCUUUAUAUAUUUUGUAUAUUUAAUAUUCCUCCGGCUACACUGCAUUUCUGAAUGGCUGAAGAGAUGUCGGCGAAAACACAUGGACUCGGAGUCUUCUUGGAGCUGAGGAAAAGGCUUCAGAGUGGACUUCUGGUUGUCGGGACGAGCGUGGCCCGGGGUCCCGCAGACGUGGCCGUGACGGGCGAGGGCUCCUCUCUCCGCGUCCGGACCCCAGGAGGAGAACUGCGCCUCGCCCUGCCAGCGGGGGUCGCCUUGGAGGGCGGCUCCUGCAUUCACACGCCCGUGGGCGAAGCCGGCGGAGAGGAGCUGCACUUCAGGCUGCGCAUCACCGUCGGGCGGCGCGAGCAAGAUCCAGCUGGCGUGAUGGAGACGCUUCGAACCGAAGAGACGUACAGCUUCCACUGCCAGGGCUGCGCGACCCGGCUGGCUCGAGGACAGGUAGGGAGCAGAGUGUUCAAACGAGUUCUUCCUCUCCCCAAUUGCAACUGGAACGCCAUCGUGGACGAAUGGUGUUGCCACCCGGACCCGUUCGCCAACAAGAAGCUGCUGCCGCGGGCGGAGGAUUGCCUGCUGGGCGACACCUUCGUCCUGCUGGCCCGUGACGGCAGCUGCGACCAGACUCUGACUGAGGAAGUGAGUUCUGUCGGCGCCGCUGACGCUCAGGAUUCAAAGAAACCUUGUCACCGUUUGGCCCUUAUCUCCUGCGCGAGCUGCUCGUUAGUACUGGGAGAGGCUGUCGCACCAGGGACGCUGAAACUAUACAUCACCCAGGUGGUGGUGGAGCCCGCUGUGGGAGAUGGAAAGCUGGACGCUUCACUGAACAGGUCUGCCUUCCUGGAGCGGACGGUCGCAGCCAGGCUGCUGGAUCUGUCCAACUCUCUGAGCUCGUUCCACUUCUCGGUUCAGACGCCUGAUGGGAAAGUCUUCUUACUGCUCUGGCUGCUGAACGGCGACUCCAUCAUAGCCUCCGUCCCAGAGCGCCUCGUCGGGGAGGAGAGCUCCAUCAGCCCCCCUGCUCCUCUCAGCCCAUCGCUCAGAGCUGCCAGAGCCCUGAAACUCCUCUACAUCAGCUGCUCCGACGCCAGCGCCCAGCAGAGAGAGAUCGCCACUAGUUGGGAGGCCAACUCCAUCGGACACGCCAUGGUCCUGCCGCUGAAGGUGUGCGAGGAGCUGCUGCAGGUGCUGGAUGAAAGCAACGCCACGCUGCCUGCCUCCAUGCGCUGCAUGAGGUGCUAUGAGGUGGCGUACCUGAGACUGUGAGACCUCAGGGCACCGAGUCACGAUCUCUGCUCUGGGUUCUUGAAGAGAAGUCGAUGUCCUCCUGCUGCUGACAAAGAAACUCCUCUGAGCUUCCACCAGCAUUUCUUUUUUUCCAUCCGUGCGACGACGGUUCCAGCUCGGUGUGGAAUGCAGAAAGUAUGCAAACCUCCUGAGCAUGAUGUGGUUUUCAUGUGUAGACAUGAAGCUGCCAGGAUGUUGGUCCUGGCAGUGUUAAACUUGAAAGACUCUAGAGUUUUCCAAAGGAUUAGACAUUCCAUUGUAGAUUUUGAAAUCUUGAAUGUGUAUGUACAAUAACUAGCCACAUUUUUUUUAUUAUUGUAAUAAAAAUGAUCUGUUUUUUUUUUUUU